GGAGGACCCACGGAAGGAAAGCCGUCUCUACCUAUGUCAAUCAUCGCCCACACCGCAUGAUCACAAGAUCAUAUGUCGAGGCUGUUCUUGGGCCGCUUCCCAGCAGCGGCAUCACCACACACAUCUACCUCACCCCCCACACCCCCGACACGCACAUUCUGGCUAUCACGUCUCUCGUCGCGGCUCCGGGCGCGCUUCCUGCUGCCGCGGAGACCGCGGGAGGCCGACGACUCGCUCGACACACCCCUGCGACGGCCAGAGGCAGUCGACGGGCGGCUGCUGGAACACAUCUCAAUCACACUGAUCUGCAUGUGGGUAGCGCAGCGCACAGGACACAGAGGGGAGAAAGGUGUGUGUGGAACGAGGGAAAGGGUCAGUGUGUCGUUGGUGGGAUGGAUGGAUGGAUGUGUACCUACCAGGUGUUGGUAUUUGCCGGAGGAGAGUUCGUUUUCUGCCGUGAGGAGGCGGAUGGGGUCGAGGGGCACCCUGCCGUGGGACGGCAGCGCAAUCGACUCGGUGAUCCACCUACACACACAAAGACAGACACAAAGAGGAGGACGGAUGCGCCCCCGUCUCUUGAGUGUCUUCUCCCUCCGUCCCUCCCUCCCUCCGUCUCUCCCUUGCCUUUUGCAUUUUGGCGUAUUGAGUAGGUCCUGCAGCUCGUAGAUGGCCCGCUCCACCCUCCAGCGCAUCACGUCCCGCCACACAGGCAGACAGAACACCUACAUGCAUCACAUCAACACACCACCCACCCAAGAGAAAGAUAUUUCACCAGCCCGCCCGGUGUCUGGUACUGUAUGCCCACCCCUCGCUUGUCUAUCCCCGUUGAGGAUCGAAACGUCACCAACACCGCGUACUUGACCGUCGGUGAGCACGGGUCGUGGUUCUUGAGACUGACACAAAGGCACACACUCCACACAUCCCGCGCACAGCUGUCUGUGUGUGUGUGUGUGUGUGUACCUGUACAUGACUUUGAAUCGGUAGAGAUCGGCGCCCCGCAACGGGACACGGUUCUGCGAGUAUGAGGGAAGCCGGUUGCGGUCGCGCCACUGAACACAUGUGGCAGUGACGUGCAUCAGUCAGGGUGGCGCCCCUCCCUCCCUCCCUGCCUGUUUGUUUACCUACCUUGAUAUUGAAGACGUCGGUGAAGUAGGCGUGCAGGAAGUGCUGGUGCAGGAACCACAGGGUCUCACGGUUCUCCGCAUACGCCGUGGCCCUGUCCUCACACGACAACCAAUCUGACACAUCACCACACCACACCAAACCACACCACACCACACCACACAGAGACACCCAUCCAUCCAUCCAUCCAUCCAUGUCGCCAUAACGACGGUAUGUAAGUGUGUUAUGUCGUGCCUUCGUCAUCCUCCACGUCUCGCAGAUCCCUCUCCCUCUUCUCCGACCACCACCACCGUGUCUCACGCCCAGAGCCGCGACUGCCGCCAUCGUCACCACCACGAGCAGGCGACGUGGUGAUGCGUCCAUCGCUGGAGGCCGAUGUGCGUGUGUCAGGCGGUAGGGGGGUCUGCUGGGGCAGGGGGAUCUGGUGUGAGGCGGCGAGGAUGUCGAGGGUGGCCUGGGCGACCGUCCACCUGAACACAGGCACGUCGAGGCAGAGGGGAGGGGGGACGGGGGGAGAGCACGUGCUCUGCAUGCCGUGUUUUGGUGCGCCGCUCACUCACUUGGUUGUGUCGAGUCCCUGCUGGAUGAGGUGGCGGCCAUCGUGUGUAUCGACGUACCCGACCUGACAACAAAGGAACAGAGGGAGAACAGGGCACAUUGCAAUGAUUGCACCGAAGGGAUAUCAAAAGCACCUCUCACUCACCGUCUUGAGCGCGUCACAUGCCAGAUCUCGGACCUUGCUGUCGGCCGACAGAGAAUCCUGCAACCACACCCAUCCAUCCAUCCAUGCCUGAUGGUCCCGGCCCCUCAGCUUGUCCAUCCACCUUUGGAACGAGCGACAUGAUGGCAGUGCCGCACAGGCGGGCCGUGGCGUCGUUGAGGAUGCGCCUCAGAACGGGCAGGAGGUCCUGCAGCAGCGACGGCUGGAGCUCCUGAUCCAUGAGAGAAAAACAGCGGGGAGUUGCAAAAGGGAAGAUGGGACCGAGCAGGCCAUACCUGGACGAGCAGCAGAAUGCCUUUCAUCGCCUUUGACUACAAGGAAAUCUUGGUCCAUC